CAAGAGAGAAUGGCCUCUCUAAACUCACCGGACUCCUCACCUCCAAACAUCUCCUUCUCCAUUAAAGAAACCCGAAAAACAACCACCACCACCGCCGCCGCCACCGCCACUUCCUCUACCGAGGCGGCCGCCGGCCGCCGGUUUUACAGAAGCAGCUCCACCAAAGAACCUUCCUUUUCUCAAUUCCCCUUCACACCUCCUCACCUCAACAACUGCCCAUCUCUCCCUCAAAGCUUCCACAACUCCCCAGCCACCUCCCCUCUCCACCCAGCUUCUACCACCGCCGCCGCACCGACCAAACUCUCCGACCUACUGAUUUCUCACCGCUGCGUCUCGUCUGUCCUAAAAAAAGACGGCCAGAUCUUAUCCAUUGCCAUCUUUAACGAUAUUCUCUACACUGGCUCUGACAGCAACUUAGUCAGAAUUUGGAAGCUGCCGGACUUCACGGAGUGUGGCCAGCUUAAAACAAAGGCCUCCAUGGCGGUGGCCUUGCAGGUUUCUCAUGACAAAGUCUAUGCGGCGUAUAGUGAUUGCAAGAUUCGUGUCUGGCGGCGGAAUUGGGAUAGAGGCCUCAAACAUCUCCGCCUCGCCACUAUUCCGGCCACCGGAAAUUAUGUCAGAAGCUACAUUUCAGGGAAGGACAAAAUGAUGAAGCACAUGGGUCCAAUAACGUCGCUGGCGAUCAACAUUUCCGACGAUGUUCUAUAUUCAUCAUCACUCGACAAAUCCGUAAAAAUUUGGCGAAUCUCCGAUUUCAAAUGCGUGGAAACAAUCCAAGCCCAUUCCGAGCCAAUCAACGCCAUUAUCGCCGCCGACGACGGCCUCCUCUACACCGCCUCCGACGACGCCACCGUCAGAGUCUGGCGGCGCAACUUCUCCCGCAGCGACCGCCCCACGCAUUCCCUCGUCGUUACCCUCCCUACCAAGUUCUCUCCGGUCAAAACCCUCAGCCUCGCCACCGACUCUGGCCUCCUCUACGGCGGCUGCAGCGAUGGAUACCUCCACUUUUGGCUCACAGGGUGGUUCUCCGGCCAGCUUAAGUACGGCGGUUCGUUGCAAGGCCAUACCCACGCGGUCAUGUGUUUGGCCACCGUUGGGAAGUACGUGGUGAGUGGGUCCGCGGAUACCACGUGUCGUGUGUGGGCCAGGGAUGAGGUGGAUUGUCAGAUGCACACGUGUUUGGCGGUGCUUGUCGGGCACCGUGGGCCAGUGAGGUGCGUGGCGGCGUUUUCCGGCUCUGUUUCUGAAGAGGUGGUGGAGGAGGCCGACGACGGCUGCACCAUUUGUAGCGGAAGCCUGGACGGCGUUCUUAAAGUUUGGCGCGUGACGUGUACGAAAAACGGGACACGUAAUCGAUCUUUGCAGAAUGGGACGGAGUAUUCUGAUGAAAUGUAA